UAAACCGCAUCACAAGUUAUAUACUAGUUGUAUUUUUAUUAUAUACUUCUCCUUUCAUUUUCUUCUUGCAUAUUAAUCUUCUUUAUCUUAAUAUAUAUCAUGGGUGUUUUUACUUUCAAUGAUGAACAUGUCUCAACCGUGGCUCCAGCUAAACUAUACAAAGCUCUUGCAAAAGAUGCUGAUGAAAUCGUCCCAAAGGUGAUUUCUGCUGCCCAAAGUGUUGAAAUUGUUGAAGGAAAUGGAGGACCAGGAACCAUUAAGAAGUUAUCCAUUGUUGAAGAUGGCAAAACCAACUUUGUGCUACACAAAUUAGAUGCAGUAGAUGAGGCAAACUUUGGAUACAACUAUAGCUUAGUAGGAGGAACAGGAUUGGAUGAAAGUCUAGAGAAAGUUGAAUUCGAGACAAAAAUUGUGGCUGGCUCUGAUGGUGGAUCCAUUGCUAAGAUUACAGUUAAAUAUCACACCAAAGGUGAUGCAACUCUAUCUGAUGCAGUGCGUGAUGAGACUAAGGCCAGAGGAACUGGACUUAUCAAGGCCAUUGAGGGUUACGUUUUGGCAAAUCCUGAUUAUUAAAUGAAUCUACACUUGGUUUAAUUUUGGUUGUAUCGUGUCAUGGGAAUAAUAAUUGAAGUUUAAGAUAUGGUUGUUUAAUUACAUGAGUGUGGUAGUGUCGGGUUUUGAGUGGUGUUUUGGGUGAAUUUGAUUGGGUGUUUAAGUUCAAAAUCUAUGUGAUGAUGUUGAGGUUUUGUACCAUCUGUAUUUCUUCAAUAAAUAAAGCAAAAGAAUUUCGUAGUA